AUGACUCCAGUCAUCCGGCACUGUCUCGCAUCCCCCAACUAUCAGUGUGGCAGCAAACCAGCAGAGAACUGUUUACGCCCCUUCUGCAGGCUAUCUAGCAUGGCUGAUCAGAACACCAGAUCCACAGCUGAACGCAGAGGGAUCAAGGCGGGCACUCAGCAUUGGAGUCAGCAUGUUUUGAACUGCUUAUAUCCAAAGCCCAAUGCAAUUUUUAAGCUGAUUUGCUUCCCUUGGGCAGGAAGUGGCUCCACGUAUUUUGCCAACUGGGGCAAAAAGAUUAAUGAUUUAGUGGAAGUACAUGCUGUAAGAUUUGCUGGAAGAGAGAGUCGAAUUCAAGAACCUGUCGUAAAUGAUAUCUACCAGCUAGCUGAUGAAAUUAUUUAUGCUCUGCUGCCAGUCAUCCGGGACAAAUCAUUUGCUUUUCUGGGACACAGCUUUGGAGCCUACGUGGCUUUUGUGACUGCGCUGCGCCUGAAAGAACAACACCGCCUGGAACCACAGCAUUUGUUUCUGUCCAGCAUAACCGCGCCCUACUCAGAACAUCGGCCUACAGUUCCUGAACUUGACAAGGUGUCACUUGAAGAUUUUAAACAAUUCCUUGUACUUUGUGGAGGCACACCAAACCAUAUUACUAAUGAUUUGGACUUGUUGAAAGAAAAUAUGGCCCUCCUGAAGAAAGAUUUAAAUAUUCUCAAAAAUUUCAUCUAUGAUAAACCCUCAGGGGCUGUUCUUUCAUGCGACUUGACAUGUCUUACUGGAUCUGAAGACAUAGAAAAGGAUGUAGAAGAUUGGAAAAUUGUAACCAGUGGAACUUUUGAUGUUCACAUACUUCCAGGACAUCACUUUUAUAUCAUGGAACCUGCCAAUGAGAAUUUCAUCCACAACUACAUAGUCAAGAGUCUGGAAUUCACAUUACUGUCUGGCUUUUAG